AUGGAGUCUGCGAUUACAUCCAGUAUGGAAGGUUCCACCGCCAGUCAGUGCAAAUCCAUGAUUAUCACUGUGGAUUACUAUGAAAUGAUGAAAUUCACGCACUGGAAUCCCAAAUUCCAUCAGCUUGCCUCGAAACUAGCUGGUUUGUUGUUGAGAAAUCAACAUUCCCGGACAAAUAUUCAGAGUGAUGCCUGGCCUCUAGCCCAGCUGGUGCACCUACAAAGUGACUUACUGGACCCAUUUGAUCUUUCUGCGUCAAACUCCGUUGCACAUCAUCUACUAGCGGCUAUUGGUAUUGAUCCGUCUGUAUUCAAAACGGCCAACUCCUCCGGUGGUGUCACACCUUCCCGUAAUCAAAAGUCGAAUGAAAUCAUGACAACUAUAGUCCAACAGCUUGUUCAGCCAAUCAGACGAACGGAUCCGAUUACUCACACGCCAGACCAAACCGAUUUUGUAAAUCCCGUCUCAGGACUAUCUAAAUUACUCAUUGAGAGUAAUCCACAAGUAACAAUAUUGCCUUCAGUUUCAAUUACCCCCGUGUAUCCACCACUAUAUCCACCCUCACAUCAGAUGCUCAUGCUUGACCCGACUAGGAAUAUGAUGCUGGCUCCUAAGAACUUACGAAUGGUGACAUUCAGCGAACAAUUAAAUAACCUAGCCCCUUACGUUCACUCUAAUCGGUUCUGCUGUGAGAACGCACUGCAAUUCAUAGUGUCUUCUUUUCACCACGAUCUAAUGAGUCCCAUCAAAAAUACCUUCAGCACAAACCAAUUAUCUCAUGUGGCAGUCCAUUCACGUCCCAGUAUGGUAAACGAAAAGAUGAGGUGCAUGCUGUCACCAGACGUGACGGAUAUACAAGCGUUUCGAUCCAUUCUUCCAAAUGCUCAAUCCAGUUCACUUGCGGACCUACGACAUACCCUUUUACCCAACCCACUGUUUGGAGCGCUGAAUCACCUCCAAGUGGCAAGGAGUCCACCGGCUCUACUAACUGCACCUGUAGCUCCUAGCCUGGUACACCCAGUAUUACGGCCGAAUACGGAUGCAGAAAUGCAGUCGUGUUUACUUUUUAGUUCUACUCCGGUGACUACAUGGCGAUUGCCAGGAUCAAUGUACAUUCCCGUUUCGAACCAAUUGGGACCAUGGAUCUCAACAUGUCGUCUUGAAGUACUGCUGACUAGAGAUGAAGCUAAAACUCGCUUUAUGUGCUCAACUUGUGGAAGACAGUGGACAUCAAUGAAGGGAUCCAUCACGUUUGUUGUCAUUCUUUCACAUUCCACAACUGGUGCGAUGCAGAGCCUUCAAUGGACCAUUCAGCCCGGUGCAAACGUCUUCUUCGAAUUAUUUCCCCAAUCUUGCAGCGCAUGCGAUGUGUUGUGUCAACCAAAAUGGUAUCCAGAAGAAAUAGAUAAAGUGAGUAGGAACGUUAUUCGUAACCUUUUCGUCAGGAUCCAUGAUCAGUUCUACCAGGGUGUAAUACCUUGGGACGACCAAUGGAACUGGCAUAGGCGGGACGGACAGCCUUCAGGUCCACACAAUAGCACCAAAUGUGUGGCUUGUCACAAUGGACUUUGUCGUGGGGGGUUGAAAAACCAUGUGAACCAAGAUAAUUCGAGUGGACACGAAACCAUGGAUCGAACAAAGAAAACCACGCCAGAAGUCGGAAUACUGAACAACACAGCUGUAAGCAAAGAUUCCACCGAUUGUGUUAGUGGUGCCAGCAGUCCAAACGGCCCGCCUUCCUCCAAAAGAAGAUCUACCAUUAUAGAAAGACAGUGAUCUGUAUCACCCAGUUUUAGUAGACUUGAAGAAAUUUCGCAACAAACCCAUUGUGAUGUAUUCCCUUGUUUCGAGACCAACUUUCGUGUUUGUGACCAGUGACCGAUUGAUUAAGCUAAUGCAUAUUUAUGAGCCUAAGAGUUUGAUUUCUCUCGAUUUGGUCUCCGUAUUUAAAACAGUAUUAACGAAUGUGAAUGGGUGUUGCCACAUUAUCAUGACGGAAUUCUAGAUGAGCCAUAACUUGUAUUCGUC